GCCCGCGGGCGGCUGAUGGAGGCGCGGGGUGGGCGCCCGGAGAGGGCACCGAGCCGGAGCGGCGGGGCGGCUCCCCGGCGGGGCGGCUGCUGAUUGCCCGGCCCAGCGCACGAUCUCUGCUCCUAAUGAAAGAAGAUUGUGAGGAUGGAUUACUGCAGCCAGUCAUCCCUAGUCCCCUGUGGAAAAGACAAAUACAUUUCAAAAAACGAACUGCUGUUGCACUUGAAGACCUACAACUUGUAUUAUGAAGGUCAGAAUUUGCAGCUCCGGCACAGAGAGGAGGAAGGCGAGUUUAUCGUCGAGGGUUUGCUGAACAUCUCCUGGGGCUUGCGCAGGCCCAUCCGGCUGCAGAUGCAGGAUGACAACCAGCGGAUCCGGCCUCCUCCUUCCUCCUCCUCUUGGCACUCUGGCUGCAACCUGGGUGCACAGGGGUCUGCAGUGAAGCCAAGUAUCAUACCUGAUAUUCAGAUUACGGAUGUUGACACCGCUAUGGAUGCUGAUGAGUCCGAGAGUGGAACAGAUGUCGGAGACUUAAAACCACAGCAAGAGGAAACGCCACAGCUGAUGCGGACCCGGAGCGAUGUGGGAGUCCGUCGCAGGGGGAAUUUCCGUACUCCAAGUGAACAGCGGCGGAUCAAACGCCAUCGGUUUUCCAUCAACGGGCAUUUCUACAAUCACAAAACAUCUGUGUUCACACCAGCCUAUGGCUCAGUCACUAAUGUCAGGAUAAACAGCACAAUGACCACUUCUCAAGCCCUCAAACUGCUGCUCAAUAAAUUUAAGAUUGAAAACUCAGCUGACGAAUUUGCAUUGUAUAUUGUCCACACCAGCGGAGAAAAACAGAAAUUGAAGGCUACAGAUUAUCCACUGAUUGCCCGCAUCCUGCAAGGGCCGUGUGAACAGGUCUCCAAGGUCUUCCUGAUGGAGAAGGACCAAGUUGAAGAAGUCACCUAUGAUGUUGCUCAGUACAUCAAAUUUGAAAUGCCAGUUCUUAAAAGCUUCAUCCAGAAGCUCCAAGAAGAAGAAGACCGUGAAGUGAAGAAACUUAUGCGCAAAUACACAGUCCUCCGGUUAAUGAUAGAACAAAGACUAGAAGAGAUUUCCGAGAGCCCGGCAACGAUCUAAAGUUCUUCUCAGCGCUGUGCUGCAGCCCUGUGUCGGCGAUCAGUCUCUCUAAGAAUCACUGUUUACAUGAAGAACAGAAUGAAAAGAAGAUGCACUCCAUCUUGGGAACCAAACCUGAAUGCAAAACCCUGCAGAGAUUGAAUGCGUGUCCUGUACCUGCUCAGCAGACAUGGAUGUGUGAGAGUCAAUGGACUCCUUCUGCAGAAGGAAAAUCUUCCAGUAAUUUUCUUUUCCCCCCUCUCAAAGGAAAUGAUUUACAGAAUGCAAGCCCAGCAUUCACAAAGAGGAGAGUUGACCUUGCUGGCAUGUCGAAAGAAGGCUUUUGGGAUAUGCCCACCAAGGCUGGUGUGGCAUGCCUGUGCACCUUGACCUGCAGUGUCUGUACCGAAGAAGCAGUUGCGUUGAAGAGUGGAUCAUGCUCCUUUGCUUCUCGCCUAGUGCCAUUCUGAGAUGCUUAUCCAUGCUUGAGUGCUGAUGUUACUAUGCAUAGGAUCUCAUGUCUGUACGCAAAAGAGAGAACAAAACUCAUGCUCACAAAAGCUAGUAAACCAGCUUCUGCCGUGCCCGCACACUUAGAAAAUACUAGUCCAUGUAAAUGCUCCAGACCAAUCCCAGUACUGGUAGCCACUUUGCUGCAAUAACUCCUGCCAACCUCCGCUCGUGCCAGAAUGUCGUGCAUUAUGAAGUGUGUUUUGAUGGCAAGAUAUAUGUUCUGUGUAACUUUUUCCCAUACAGGACAGUCCUCUUUGUUCUUUAUUUUUCCUGUUCAGACGGUUCUCAGAAUGCAGCCACAAAAGAUAGACUCCCCCCACCCCUGAAUGGUACGGGUGGGAGAUCCAUCUUGUUGUCCCCUGGUGCUCGACCUUUCCUGCCUCGUUCUGCUCCUAUUGCUCCCCUGACUGAUGCUUGGCGCCUCACUUUCAUGUGUGGGUCACCAAGCGUGUGUCUGCACUUCAGCUAGAGGUGUCAUUCCCAGCUCAGGGAGAUGUACACGUGCUAGAUUUGAUUGAGCUAGCAUGCCAAAUGUAGCAGCAGAGGUAGCAGGCCACGCUAGCCACCUGAGUACAAUCCCAUCCAAGACCCUAGCUAACGACUCGGUUCUGCUAGCUCGUGCCACCGCUUGCACCGCUGUAGCUGCACCGUUCUAUUUAGCGCACUAGCUUGUACACACGCUAGCUCUGAUCAUCUGCCUGAGCUGGAAAUCGCAGUGUAGAUCUUCCCAAAGUGAGGAGGAAACUGAAGAAUAGCGUGAACAGGAAGUGGAGCCCCCAGAGGGCUGGUGGGAGACAGACAGCAGCUGGAAAAGAAGAGAUGCACCUACCUAGGUUGGGAGCCUUGACAGCUGUAUCCUCCAACAUAGAUGCUGGCACGAGAUCUCUUGGGAGGACUGACGGGGUGGGGGCAGAUGGUCUGGAAAUUGUUACAGUUAUAACCAUCACCUGUUGGUGGUUUGGGCUGCUCUGUCCUUGAGAGCUUGGAGUCUGUGGGUCGUGGUGUGAGUUAGGCCAGGCCGGCUUCUGGGGGUGGGGGCAGAGGAGUGUUAAGUGACUGGUUUCUAGAGUGAGGCGUGUGGACCUGAUCCUGCAAGGUGCCGAGUUCCCUCAACAUGUGAUAGGCCUGAUUCUCCCCCCUCUGGUGUAAAUCAGGAGUAACUCUGAAGUCAGUGGAGCCCUGCUUCAAUAGUUGUUGGUUGGUAGGUUUGGUGUAUUCAUGGUGUUGGUGGCCUGUGUUAAACAGAAUACAGAUGAUUUGGUGGUCCCAUCUGGCCUUAAACUCAAUGACUCUGUGACCAGUCUAAAAAAUGGUAUCAAUUGGCAAAUUGACAGGUGCAUUGCUGAGCUAAGCACCUUGCAAGGGCAGGCUGUCAAAGUCAACGGACUGGGUGCGUCCAUGAGAUACUCCAGUUGUGUGAUAUUCACGUGGUUGUCACAAGGAAUAAAGGGAGCCAAGAUGUGGCAGUUCCAUGUAGCUUGACAUCAGAUAUUAUCUAGAUUCUGAUGCAUCUGCCAGAGGAAUGUUUUGAGAUUGGGGGGAGGGACAGUUUUUUUUUUCCCAAAAGUGCCUCAGAAAAUUUGCCUCAGAACCAGUUUGAAGAAAGACCCUUGAUUUGUCCACACCUGUGAUUAAAGACUCUUGAUCCAUAAACCCUUCCUCAAGCAAGGGAAACCGACUCCCUCCUGCUUACCGUCUUUGCCUAGAGUUAUACCGAGCGAUUCCUCGGUUGCAGAACAUGAGUUGGGUUGGGGCUGUUGAUUGGAGAGUGGCUAGUUGUCAGUGGAUUUUUAAUCUCUGCACCUAUCACCAUUAGCUUCACACUCCAGCUAGUUUGAUAGGGACAACGUGGAAGUAGCCCUUCAACUCCUGAUGUCUUAAAUUCAGCUGACUGUCAGUAAGUAGUGUUUACCAUCUCCACUGUGUGUGUGUUUUGUUGUGGGGUUUUUUGUGUGAUGGAUGUAAAGCACAAUGGAGCUUGUAAGGCUCCCAGCUUGGUUGUAAGUAGCAUCCUUCCAUUUGGCUCACCAGGUAGAACUGCUUCCUACAGACUAGCAGGCCCUUGGUUCAAAGCCUAGCUGGGAUGACAUGGGACACUUUAUUCUCUGAAUCCAGCCCAAAUUUGAACUUCAGUCCUUAAUAUCUGCAUUGCAGAGCCCAUAACAGGAAGCCCUGCUUGUAAAUGAUGGCCUCAAAGAUUAAUCCUAAUGCUGGUCUUCAGUGAACAGAGAAACUGGCAGUGGGGUUGGCGGACUUCGAAGUAUGCCCUAAAUUAACUAAGUCUCUGUUUUCCUUGAUUGGCUUAGGACCAGAUCUCUAUGGGGCCUUUAUUUCCUUUUAAGAUGUGCGGUAUAUUGCUAGCAUUUCUCAAUUGAGCCCUAAGGUGUUCAGCUGUCCCUAGAUGCCCUGGGGAAAUAGCUCCCAGCAGGUCAAUUGCGGAGGAUGACAUUGCUUCUGAUACUGCUAAGGAGAAUGGGUUUGGUUUUGUUUUAAGUGGGACUUGGAUACAAUGGUGUCUGUCUCUUUACUUUCUUUACUCUUGGGGUUCAUGGCAGUGGUGUGAUUUUGUACGACGUGGUUCACUCCUGUCACUCUUGGCUCGUGUAACACCCUCAGUAGGGCCACACAAGAAAUAGGAGCCAAGCUGAGUUUCCAGAUGGGCGACAGGAGCAUCUCCAUCGUGCGGGCUCUGCGUUGCUGUGAUGAGCUGCCUGCUGGUGGCUUUGCAUUGUGUGUCUUAAUAUAGAAUAGGUUUCAAUCUGUGGGCAAAUAGUGUUUUAAUAUUUUAGAGCGUCUGUAGCAGAAAGCACUCCAAUCUACGUAAAGUGUGUAACAAAACCAGAGAGACAGGGAAGGGGAGUGGAUGUCCCAGAGCACUGGGAUAAAGAGCCUUUCAUCCCUGCACUGCUGUUUUUUUGUUUUGUUUUUUUUAAAGCUGGCUAAUUUUUUUUCUAAUUUUUGCUGAAAACUUUCACAGAAAUGCCUGAUUUUUUUUUUGACUUAAUUCUUGGAAUUUCCCCCUGCCCCGUUCUUUAAGCAGCUCUAGUUAGCUCAGAUCUAAGUCUGGAUGAAAGCUGUUGUACGUUGAUGGCUGUUGAGUGGCCCGAUGGGAGAGGAAUGUGUUGUUAUUUGCCUAGCGUGCUGAUGGCAUGAAACCCAACACCAGAGUGGGUGCUAACGACCCUCUCUUGCUGGGAGAUUCAGCAGAGAAGCUACAGUGCUGUCAGGCCCCAGAGGCAGAACCCUGUUCCCUUGCUUGGAAGAGGGCAUGGUUUUGAGGCAUGUAGCCACGGCAGCCUUGGGGAAGCUUAUAUUGCCUCUGUUUAUGCUGUGUCUGUUUAACCAGUCUCCAGGGCUGUCACAUGGGUGGUGGUUCAGCAAAACAUUUAAGCAUGUGUGUGAGGUAGGGUGACCAGGUAGCAAGCAUGAAAAAUCAGGAUGGGGGUAAUAGGCACCUAUAUAAGAAAAAGCCCCAAAUAUCAGGACUGUCCCUAUAAAAUUGGGACAUCUGGUCACCCUAGCUUGAGGCUCACGUCAGCCUUCAAAGUUAAGCCCAUGCUUUGCUGAACUGAGACCUCUAGCAUUUUUUACCAGGGCGCAGUUCACACACACAGUGUUAAGAGGUAACCUUGCCCCCUCCCCCCCCCAAUUAAAGGCACAAAACAGUAACAUGCAACAAAAUGACUUGAUUAAAUAAAAGCACAUUUCUAUUGUAAUAAUUAAAAGGGAGGGGAGACUCUUUAGGCUUGGAAAUAAAUAUUCACCUUCAAUUUCAUGGCCUCUGCUGAAAAUAAAAGAAGCUGCAGUCGAGUGUCUAUUGGACUUUUUAUGGGAGAACUGCCUACUCGUGUGGUUUUCUUUUCCACUUGUAUCUGGCUGUGUAACCCUUCUUCCCCCCCCCCCCCCCUUCCCCGCUUGUCAUUUGCACUAGUUCUGUUGUGGAAUGAAAAAAAAAAUGAUGUGAAUCUCUCUGAUCUACACAACAUGCCAAAUAUCGCCCAGGGAAAUAGUUUCCAAGAAUGAGUUUCUCUUGGAAGACAUUGUUAUAAAGAAACUCAAGCCAGCACAAUGACCGUAUGAAGAGUUACAACUCGAGGUUCCGAUCAGCGUGGUUUUGGGAGGUUACUCCACACCUGUUUCGGGAUCAUGUAGCACAGAACCAACUAUUUGUGAAUUCGUUGGUGUCUUUUUUCAGUUUUUGAGUCAGCGUGUACAUUUUUUGGUUAAUGAAUAAGUCUAGGCUAACUUUGUCCUUGUGUAUAGGGUGAAGAGAGAUCUUUGUAAGAUUUUUUUGCUAAUGUCUGUCUAGAUUAGGGGCUUGCACUAAGGCAUAUUUCUCUUAGACACGUGGCCAUAGUGCUUACCCCACUGCAGCUUUCUAGUACCAGCACCAUUUUGCGCUGCCGCAGUGUUUUGGGGUGCAAAUUUCCCUAACUUAGACUGGCCCUUACAUUGCUCCUCAUUUGAAGGCAAUAGGAGUCUUUUUCAAGGCCUUUGGUGUACACAGGUUCAGACUCUGAGAGCCAUUGCAAACAUGGAUGCUGGACUUCUGCUUCCUUGCCAGAAAAACUGAAGAGCUCCAGUUCUUCAUUGCCCUGCACCUCACGUGGUUGCUCUCCCCAGCUCGGUUCUGACAUGGUGUGGGGACAUAAAUUCUGAUCACCAAGAUCUUUUUGCAAAAGGGGAACGAAUGGGGCAAUAGUGCAUCCUUGUUACUAAGAGAAUGAGCAGCAAUUGGGAUUAUGCCAGUGACAGACGUGUAGCGACCGCGGCAAUGCUGGAACCAUUUUCCCAACCCUCUCUGUGCUUUAGAAAUUCAUAUACACGUGAACCCAGAUCCAAAUCUAAAACCACUACUGGGUUUGCCCGCACAUCCCUAGCUGAGCUGCAGUUUAUGAGCCUCAAUUACCACCUGCAACAUCUGCUUUAUCAUUGACAUAAGUAGAACAUCUGUGUAAAUCUCUCUCAUUCUGGAGCUAAACUAGCAAUAUCUCUUUGUAUGUUGUUAACGCUAACUAAAAUUUGUGGCGAUUUUCUUCCUCUUGAGUUUUUGUAGUGUAACUUUGUAGGCUCUUUUUAAAUGGUACCUUUUUUUUUUUUUACACAGACCUGUCUAGCAUUUGUGUUACUGAAAGUAUUGUAAAGUGACAAAUGCUUUUUAUGUAUUUUGACCAUGACUUUGACAAUGCCUCAUUUAUUAAUGACAAAAGCUUAUGUAACAAUUCAAUACGUUAUCAAAGCACACGAGUUAGAUCCUUUUUUGUUUUUUAAAUAAAGCACUUUGCGGAUAGAAAUGCUACUGAGA